AUGCAGUACCAAACAUCACAUGUAUUUAAACAAACAUAUAACUACCACUCAGCACCACGCGUAGUGCAGCCAGUUUUAGCUAUUCCAGUUUCAUCUACCAUAGUUGAAGGAAAUAACUCAUUGGGGACAGUAGAGUUACAUAUAGAAGAUGCAUAUAGUGUACUUGUUGCAUUUGUAGUAAUUGUACUGUUUAUUGCAAUUGUACUGGCUGUAAAAAAUCAUUCCUCUAUAAGAGUAAACAGCAGAAGAUCAAAUAUAGAAGGAGCAAGAGCUAGCGGUGAGACUUUACCUAGAUACAGCCAUGAAGUAAAAGCAACUCGAUUAGAUCGUUCAAAAAAGACUGUUAAAUUUGCAGAAAAUGUGUCCUAUGAUGCACCUCCUGCAUAUACAGAAAAAGACUCAUUUGCUUCUUCCCCUGCACCAUCAGCUCCUUCCAUAGAACUAGACAGCACUAUUCCUACAGCUCCUCCUAUGGAGUUCUGGUCUUUAGAUACAAACUCAAGCCUAAAUGGCGAAUUGCGUGAUGAGUCUUUCUUUUAUACAGAAAAAGCAGGAUAUUUGUCUACUCCAUUUGACAGAUUUUAA